AUGGGCAUCGCCGAGUCCACGCUGGACGAGCUGCCGUCGGACGCCGAGGAGCAGCUGCGCCACGGCGAGCAGCAGCUAGAGCUGAGCGGGACGCGGCUGCGGCGGCUUCCCAGCGCCGUGUGUGCGCUGAGCCGCCUGGAGAAGCUGUACGUGAGCGGCACGGGUCUGCGCGAGCUGCCCGAGGAGAUCGAGGAGCUGCGCGAGCUGCGCAUCCUGGCGCUCGACUUCAACAAACUGGAGCGCCUGCCCGACGGCCUGUGUCGCCUGCCGCGCCUCACGCGCCUCUACCUGGGUGGCAACCGGCUGCUGGCGCUGCCCAACGACUUCGCGCAGCUGCAAAGCCUGCGCUGCCUCUGGAUCGAGGGCAACUUCCUGCGGCGCUUCCCACGGCCGCUGCUGAGCCUGGUGGCGCUGCAGUCGCUGCAGAUGGGCGACAACCGGUUGCGCUCCCUGCCCGCCGAACUACCGAGCAUGACGGGCCUGCGCGGCCUCUGGCUCUACGGCAACCGCUUCGAGGUGUUCCCGCCCGCGCUGCUGCGCAUGGGCCGCCUGCACAUCCUCGACAUGGACCGCAACCGCCUGGGUGGUUUCCCGGACCUGCACCCGCUGCGCGCCCUGAGAGUCUUCUCCUACGACCACAACCCGGUCACUGGGCCCCCGCGCGUCGCCGACACCGUCUUCCUUGUAGGCGAGGGCGCCGUCGAACGCAUGGCCGAGCGGGACGAGCCCAUACCCCGGCCGCCACCCCGACGCCCAGUGCGGGCCUUUGAGGAUGAGGAGGAAGAAGACCUGCUUAUAGGAGGCGGUGGCUCCCGGGCUCUGGGGCCCGCGGGGGACGGCCUCCGCGCCCUGGAAGCCUCUCCAGGACUGGGCACCUGA